GUACAAGAAGCGAGCAAGUCAAGUUCGCGCGUUGUAAGCUCAGUCCGAUCCGAGCGUAGACCGAGUGCGGGUGGUGUGCUUCGAAAAUGUUGCGUACGCUUACGAGUUACGAACGAAACUUCCAAACAUCGCUUUGAACCGAGAACAUCUUUACGGACGUUUCUUUUUACAACAUUGUUGUUCUAACAUCGACCAAGGACCAUAUAAUAUAUACAAAUUCAAUUUGGCACAUCGAAAAUACGAGGAGGACACCUCCGGAAGGAAAAGUUUUGCGAAAAAUUUAUGACUUCAAAUUUGGAUUACUUACGCUAAGUUAUACGAUCUGCAUGGGGAUUUUUACGUCUUGUAAGGUGUUAUUGGCGGCGCCGGCCUUGACCACCAUCUUGGUGCUGCUGUGCUUUCCACCGACGACAGUGUCGGCGCUCUGCUUGAAGGAUCAGUACCUGAACUACGAGCUCCAAAAAUGCAUGAACUGCACAAUAUGCGAAAGCAAGAAUCAAGUCGUUUUCAUCCCGUGCCAGGUCUACAAGGACACCCAGUGCGCCCCACUGGGUAUUCUUUUGGAGUACCUCAAUUCGCAGAGCAAGAAGCAUCGCCAUCAGAACCAUCGGCACAGCGGUGUCCACAGGUCCGAGCAUCACAGACACGUCGGUGGAGAAAGUACCGAAACGACGAUGGCAGGCAGCGCGGAACCACCUUUCAACACCGCCGAAGAGCUCAUCUGGGAUUGGCAGGCCAUAGCACUCACCUGCGCCGUCUGCUCCUGCAUAAUCUUCUUCUUGGUCGUCGCUCUUUACUCGCUGUACCAGGCCAAGCAGUGGAGGCGCCUGAAGGUGAACUACGAGGCUGAUGUCGAGGAACUUUCAGCUCGGCUCAGCCUCAUGGCCUCAUCCAACAACGAGAAAGGCGACCCAGAAAACCCUAAUUUGGGCACAAUUGAUCCCAACUACCUCAACAACAGAUGCGUGUAUCUAGAGAAACUCCUUCAUGGAAGGAAAGACAAAAGGUUGGGUUCGGAGAGUGGCAACGUCUACAUCGAUGAGAACAUGAAAACGUAAAUUGGACUCGCUCGACGACCGAAGAAAACGUAGUUUCGAAAAUCACAUUUAACAUAACUUAUCAUAAUGCCAACUGUGUCCUAAUUUCAUUCUUCUUGCAAACUUCCUUAAAACCAAACAGCUUUACUUGUUAAUAAUAUGGUAUUAAAAGAACAAAAAAAUUAAAUAUAUUAAUAAAUAAUUAACAAAAAUGUAGUUAGCUAUAUUAGCCAAUAGAAAGGAAACGAAACUAGUAACAGCAAAACAAAAACAACUUGAUUUUGAAGGCGAUAUUUGCUGCGAUCAUCCGUCGAUCAUUUCAGAAAUGAUCUCGUAUUUGGAUGAGCGUGCGUGCUUUUCUUCCCAGCAUUCCUCUGGAUGUUGUACAUAUAUAGAGCUUUCAACACUGUUUUUUCCCGAAAUUGCCUAAUCCUAUUUCAGUGUAAAAAAAAAGAGAGUAGAUCACGUAAUUUAAAUUAAUUUAUUUAAGUAAGUGUUCUGAUUAUGCACAGGAAUUAAAAUGAAAUACACGAAAAAAAAAAUAUAUAUGAAUAUUUAUAUAAACAAUGUUCAGAGUAAAAUUCUGUAAAUUUUUGUUUGUCUUAAUUUAUUGUGCUUGUAAAUUUCUCGAAAGAAAAAAAAAAUAAGUAUUAUUAUUAUUAAUUAUUAAGUGUAAAUAGAGCAGCGAUGGAA